AUGAUGUAUAGAACUUUAUCAAAUGCCAAGACAAUCACUAAUCUUAUACACCAGGGGCAAAGUCGUCAAGCAAUAGUUUUGUUUCAUCAAGUCCUGAAAAAUAGGUUCAAAAUCACAGAGUUUCUUCUCUCAGCAAUUGUGCGAGCUUGUGGAAGAGUUGCUGCCAUUAAAGAAGGCAAGCAAUUUCAUUGCAUGGCGAUCAAACAUGGGUUCAAUAGAGACAUGAUUCUAAUGACGUCCCUUCUUGACAUGUACUCUAAAUGCAACAAUAUCACAGAAGCUCGGCUUGUAUUUGAUGAAAUGCCUCAAAGAGAUGUCAUUGCCACCAACAGCAUGAUUUCUGGGUUGUGUUGGUCUCACUUAACACUGGAAGCAAUUGAAUUGUUUAGUAACAUGUCAAGAAGAGACGCCGGGUCUUGGAAUUCGUUGAUUUCGGGUCUCGGUCAUAACUCUGAAGGAAGAACAGGAUUGGUUUUCUUUGAGAAAAUGAGAUUGGAGGGAGCUGAAGUUGAUGUUAUGACCAUGGUUAGUGUUCUUUCAAUCUGCUCCGAUCUUGCAGCAUUGAGUAAUGGUAAACAAUGUCAUGGUUUGGUGAUUAAUUAUGGAUUUGAGUUGGGGUAUUUACCAGUUGGAAAUGCUAUUAUUGACAUGUAUGCUAAAUGUGGGUGCAUGGAAGAUGCCUGCUUAUGUUUCAAAAACAUGCCUUUAAAAAAUGUAAUUUCAUGGACUGCUUUGAUCACGGGUUAUGGAAAACAAGGCCGGGGCUUAGAAGCUUUGGAGGCAUUUGACACAAUGGAAGUGGAAGGUGUUGCACCAAACAAAAUCACAUUCUUGGGUGCCUUGUAUGCCUGUAGUCAUGCUGGAUUAGUACAAGAAGGAUGGAGGGUUUUCAACACCAUGGUACAUAAGUACUCAAUCAAACCCAUGAUGGAGCAUUAUACAUGCAUGGUGGAUCUCCUAGUACGAUCGAAGUGUUUCAGUGAGGCCUAUAAGUUCAUAGAGAGGAUGCCUGUAAAGCCGGACACAAGGCUUCUCACAGCAUUUUUAAGCUCAUGCUGCUCCCACAAGAAUUUGGAGCUAGCAAGGAGUGUUGGGAAGAAAUUACUUGAAUCAGCACCUGAAGAAGCAGGGGCCUAUAUGUUACUAUCCAACUUCUAUGGGCUUGUUGGGGACUUACAAGGUGUGGCAAAAGUGAGAAGAUUGAUGCUAGAUAGAGGAAUAAGAAAAGAGAAGGCAUGUACCUGGAUUGAGAUUAACAAAACAGUUCACAGCUUUCAAUCCGGAGACAGAUCCCAUCCCCUAAGCAAAGAGAUCUACAACUAUUUACAACAUCUAUUUAAAAAGUUGAAAGCUAAUGGGUAUGUGCCAGACACAAGCAUGGUCAUGCAGAAUGUGGAUGAACAAACAAAGGAGGAGAUAGUUCUUGGUCACAGUGAGAAACUGGCAAUUGGUCUUGGCCUAAUCAGCACACCUCCCGGUACCCGUAUUGUUAUAGUUAAGAAUCUGAGAGUGUGUGUAGACUGUCAUGUGGUAACUGGUCUAAUUUCAAAGAUUGAAGGGAGGGAGAUUGUUGCAAGGGACUCAAACCGAUUUCAUCAUUUCAAAGAUGGACUAUGCUCUUGUGAAAAUCAUUGGUGAGAGAGGUCAAAUUAGAGGUUGACUCUCACAUGCGUGUCUCCCCCUUUCUAUGAUCAUUGUGAACCAUUUGAAGAUUAUUGGUGAGAGAGGUCAAAUUUGAAAAUAGAAUGCAUCCAUAAUGGUUUGUUUUGUUGUCAAAGUUUCGAACUUUACAAGUUACAAACCAAGCAAUGGCAAGACAAGGUCCCCUUAGGUUGGGAAACUUCAAAAACCCAAAUAUUGGUACCAGGCUCGGGUUUAUUUAUGCAACAAGAGGCACGUGUAGGAACACAAAAGGUCUAACCUUUGUUGGCUCUAAGAAUCCCAAUCUUUUGUCGUGUGAAAUUGGUCUCUGCUCUCUCUCUCUCAAAAAUUUUCUUUCUUCUUCGCUUCUUCUUCUUCUCUUCUCUAUCUAAGAUGAAACUUCAAUUUUGCAUUUCCUCUCUCUCACUGAUUCCCAGCCCUAAUUCCCAAUUCUCCAUGUUCUUCUUUUCCUGGGUCCUAAGACCCAUCUUCCUCAUCCACACCAUUAGCCAUCACCAGCACCACCAACAACAGUAACUACAAUAAAACAAAAACAACUCAGCAGCAUCCUCCAAGUCUGCUCGGGUCAGUCAAGAACAACAAAGAUGAUAAUGACGACGAAGGAAGCACAGUCAGCGUAAUGGGAGUUGUCCAGAGAAAUGACAAUGUGAUGAUGAUCGUUCCUGCCCCUUAGCCGAUCACGACAGGAUGUCAGUGGGCCAAAUGUAUCUUUCCAGCUAGCCUUGAGGGUAUUGUUUUGAGAUGUGAUGAUGCAUCAAAGAAUGAUGUCAUACCAGUUUAGCAGUAAAUUGAAUAGCAAACUUAUUUUAGGUAUUGCUUGUAUAUUCUUUUCCUCUAUUAUUAUUAAUGAUGUUAGUGAUGGUGAUAGGAUUGAAGAAGUUGUGUUUAUAGCAGAUUAAG